GCAGCAGCGCCGGGCCUCAGCUGAUGUCGUCGUCGUCCGGCCCCUCCCCCCUCCAGACUCCGCGGCGGCCGGGCGCUGCAGGCCCGUCGCUCCAGCUUCAGCACCCGGGACUGCGGACUCCGUGACCCUGUCUCGGGCCUGCCCGCGCCGCAGCAGCUCGGGACUGCGCAGCGCCCCACGUGCCGAUAUGGGAAAGUCUUUUUCUCAUUUGACUUUACAUUCAAAUAAAGAAGAGGCUUAUGAUGGAGUCACAUCAACUGAAAAUAUGAGGAAUGGAUUGGUUAAUAGUGAAGUCCAUAAUGAAGAUGGAAGAAAUGGAGAUGUCUCUCAGUUUCCAUAUGUGGAAUUUACAGGAAGAGAUAGUGUCACUUGCCCCACUUGUCAAGGAACAGGAAGAAUUCCUAGGGGACAAGAAAACCAAUUGGUGGCAUUGAUUCCAUAUAGUGAUCAGAGAUUAAGGCCAAGAAGAACAAAACUGUAUGUGAUGGCUUCUGUGUUUGUCUGUCUGCUCCUUUCGGGACUGGCUGUGUUUUUCCUUUUCCCUCGCUCUAUCGACGUGAAAUACAUUGGUGUAAAAUCAGCAUAUGUCAGUUAUGAUGUUCAGAAGCGUACAAUAUAUUUAAAUAUCACAAACACACUAAAUAUAACAAACAAUAACUAUUAUUCUGUUGAAGUUGAAAACAUUACUGCACAAGUUCAGUUUUCAAAAACAGUUAUUGGAAAGGCACGCUUAAACAACAUAACCAUUAUUGGUCCGCUGGAUAUGAAACAGAUUGAUUACACAGUACCUACUGUCAUAGCAGAGGAAAUGAGUUAUAUGUUCGAUUUCUGUACACUGAUAUCCAUCAAAGUGCAUAACAUAGUACUCAUGAUGCAAGUUACUGUGACAACGACAUACUUUGGACACUCUGAACAGAUAUCCCAGGAGAGGUACCAGUAUGUUGAUUGUGGAAGGAACACAACUUAUCAGUUGGGGCAGUCUGAAUAUCUAAAUGUACUUCAGCCACAACAAUAAAAACUGGAAGAGAUGCAGCUGGAGACGAAGAAAUGUCUAUUGCUUUUUCCCAAACUCUAAAGGAUGAGGUACUUACUUCCUGAUAAAUCUUAAAUUGAACAAACCUAAAGUUUACACUCUUUUAAGAGUACAGCUAAAAGUAUGUGGGCUUGCAAGUUAUUGCAACUCUCCACUCUGUGUUCAUGAUAUUUGUACCAGGGUCUUUUACAUGAAUCUAAAUUUACUGAUUGAUUUUCCUCCCAACCCCCUGUCCCCAAAGGGAAAAACCGAGACUUCCCUUAUAAGAACAAUAAAUGAUCAUUUAAAAUUCGCAGCUCCAAUCACUACUGAAAACAUAAUUUUGGUGAUGAAUAUAAUUUGAGAAAGUUUGUUUCUGAAUGUUUUUAUAAAAUAUUACUAAGAGCCUAUUAUUCAUGGAAGACUUUUAAAAAAUGACCUUUUUUUCCCUGUUUUAUAAAUUCUCAUUGCUACGUGGUAGUAUUUCAACUAUAUGAUAUUUUAGCUUUUAGCUAAACAUUUUAAUUUUUCAUUUAUUGAAAUUCUCAUUUGCAUAUUUUGGUCAGUCUUAUUUCAAGCCAGUGCUUGUGUAACACUUAUAAGUCAAAAUAAUCUUUGCAAAAUUCUGUACCUAAAAUUUUUAAAAGCCCCUAAAUAGUGUGUUUCACAGGUCCUGCCAUAUUAGUUACAGUUUUGUGAAAUUUUUUGUAAUCUUCAAACAUGGUCAUUCAUUGUACAAUAUUGUAAAUAAAUUUUGCAUGGCUGUUAUAUAGCUUUAAUAAAUGUCAAAGUGGUACAGAUUCAAAAUAAAGUAAGUUGCUCAUAAACUAAAUAAAACAGGAAAAUGAAAUUCAGAAACCUGUAGAAUGUGAAUAUGGUUCCAAUUACAUAUUGGAUCAGGCAUAAAGUAGAUUGGAAAUAAAAUAUUUUGAAACUCCACUUUUUUUUAAUGUUGCUUUUCAUACUGAACAAUUGUGAAAUUGUGAAGACACUUAUUUUUCACAACUAUUAGGUACCCAAGUCAUUAAUUUUAUGAAUGUUUUAGAGGAUGAAAUUAUUUCUUUGGUAGAAAUUAUUCAAGAAAUCCUGUCAUUAAAUGAUAGUGGUUAUAUCAAAAUAAAACCUAUAUUAUGCUUUUAAAAUUUUAACUACUUUACACAUCACGUGCAUAUCAUGCCUCUAGCAGUUACAUUUUUAAAGCUUUCUACUUUGGGUUUGGAUUUUAUUUAAAAUUGUUUUCAAGUGUAAAUUUUUGACUUACUUUGCUGGUUUAUAUUUUCAUUACCAUUUUCCAUUUGGGCUUUUUGCCUUUUCACUUAUCAAGUUCUAAGUACCUUUUAAAUACAUACCACUCAGCAUAGGGGCUGACUGUGAUACCAGAACAAAUAAGUGGCUUGAGAUUAAUUUCUUUCUGUUCCCUAGUGACAGAAAUCAGGUUCCUCCUCUUCCCAUACAAAGUGCCUAACCUAGGUUUAAAAAUAUACCUGUUUUAUCAGUCGGACUCUCUCAACUAUAAAACCUAAGUUUUAUUUAAUUAUUUAGAGCUAAUGAAGCUCUCCUUUCUGCCUUGAAACACACACUCUGGUCUCCUCUUAGCUUUGAUAUCAUUUCUUUCAUAUCAUUUUCUCCAUGUUUUCCUGAGUGAACAUUUUAAAUAGGUGGGAUGCACUAACUUCAUUUUUGAAUUACUUAGUCUUCCUUUAAUCUACUGCUAAUUCAUCCGUCCUCACUAUUAAACUAAAAUCACCCCUUUACAUUUGUUAUGGACUUUCUUUCUAGUCAAACCCAGUCUUAAUGUUUUUCUUCUGCUGUUUUUUUAACUACUCCAUUCUCCUUGAAACUGCACAUUUCUCUAAUAUAUUGAUUCUAUUUGUAUUUUUCAAUAAUUCUUAUUUCAUUUUCCCUCAUUUUCUAUCUUGUGACAUCUUUUAAUGAGUAUUAUCUAGACCUUUUGCCUCAAAACCUCUACUCCUGUGACUUCAAUGAUCACCUGUAAUAGGGCUUCCAAAUCUGUUUCUACAUACCUGACCAGUCACCCAUAUAAUUUCUCAUAUAGCUAGUGACCUAGAGAUAAUAGUAUUUCAGUGACUCUGUGUGAAAUCAAAAAAUGUUAAAAUAUUUCCUUAUAUUCCGUUUACUUCAAAAUCACCAUUCUUUUCUCCAAAAUCAUCCUUCAGGUAUGCCUCCCUCAAAAGUCAAUCCUGAUUUAUUUUCCUACUUUGUAUGUUUAAAUCUUGGAAAAUUAUGUAGUGUAAAUUAAAUGGAUUUUUCUGUUGAUUUGUGGUUCUAAUAUCCUUUUAGAGUACAUGCAUAGUAUUUGCUGAAGAGGUGAGAAAGUGAGGCAACAUGUACUUUUAGUGACUUGUUAUUGAAUAUUUUGUCUUCAUUCUUUAAAACUUUAUUACACCUACUUUCCAUGGAGUUUGUCUGCAAAAAGUAGAAUUUAAAAUAAAUAAAAAACAAGUAGUAGAGAAAUAAAGAUCACCCGUGACUACUUUCAGAGAGGGUUAAGUAACUGCUGGAAUAAGCCGAAAACAAAGCAAGCUAUAAAUUAAUAAAACUAUAAAAACACAUUCUGGCGAAGCAGAAUUAUAGCCAUUAAAAAAUAUCUGGAAAGAAUGAAUGAGGCUUUAACUUUUCUCAAGUCCUUAUCCACUGUGGUUUCUGACAUGGUAAUAGGUUAGGUAUUGUUAUAUUUUUAACACUGCUCUCAGACCUUAUCCAAAGGAAAUGGUAAAGAUGUUACAUAUUUUUUUCUAAUACUUUCAAGAGUAGCUUUCUCUUAAAUUGCAUCUUUUAGACUCCUCGUUCUAACCAAAUCCAAGAUUCUAACAAGCCUCUGUGUGUUGAUAUUACAUGUAUAUAGCACUAUGUUCUUUUCAGAGCUCUUUGAUAUCUUUUUUCUUACAUGAUUUCCCAUAAUCCUGUGAGUCAGACAAGGAGGGUGGUAGAAUCCUCAUCUUGAAGAAGGAGAGGCAUGGAGAAGUUGAGGGACUUGCUGAAGAUCACAUAUUUAGUAAAUAGUUUAAUUGGAGCCAGACCUAGUUUUUCUGUCUCCCAUAUCCCAUAUCUGUGCUCUAUCAUUUAAAAUAUCCGUUGGGAAGCCCUGUUGACUCAGGUUAGUAUGAUUAAAAAUUAAAGAAAAUGUUCACGUAGUUAAUAGUGACAAUCAAAAUGAUAGUGAUGGAAUAAGAUAUGGUUACCUUUAAGUUGGUACCUGAAAUAUUUUAAAUGGGAAAUGAGCACUUGUAAAAUAUUUUGGAGCAUAAUUUUUACUUAAUUUUUCUGUUAAAAUUUAGUCUUCUGUGAUCAUUCCAAUAAAAAUACAACUGAUGCAUUAUCAGUAGAUUAUUUAUCAAUAAUAGAGAGUAAUGUAUUUGAGAUUUGAAAUAAGAACAGUUUUAAAGUAUUAGAUACCAGAUAUAUUGCUUGAAAUUGUUAAAUAACCAUCUUUACUGUAGUACAUAACAUGUAAAUGACUGAUUUUAUUUGUGUGCAUUUUUCUAUGCCUUUUUUAUUUGUUUAGGCUAAUGACGUGAUUAUUUUCUCUAAAAAUUCAUGAGAAGGAAACAAAAUUCACAUCAGAUCUUCUGAAUUGUAGUUUGGAAAUAACACAGUGCAGUGUUAAAAUAGAUAGGAAGUGACUGCCAAAACAGAAUAGAAGUGACUUAGGAAACUUCAAACAUAGCCUGAUGAAUCCUUUGUGAUCUUAGCCUUAUCAUUAUUGAAAUAUAAUUCUGGAUAUUUCAUUGGAGGGCGUGUCCCCAACUCUCUCCCAUGGCAUUUUGUUUUUUUUAAGUUCUUAAAAUAAUUCUUUAUAUAAUAAUUAUAUCUUAUUUAAGAAAAUGUUUUCUUAGGUACUUGACCCCUAAGUAAGUCACUGCUCAGUAAUAGCUAAUAUUUAUUGGUUACUUCCUGUGUCAGAUACUGUACUAAUUUUAUGUGCAUUAUCUUAUUAUUCUUCAAACCAUCUAAGGUAGAUACUGUCAGUACCUUUAUAUCUGAGAAAAUUGAGUUUUAGAGAAGUUAAAAAAUACACCUAAGCUUGCAAGUAGCAGAUUUGAGGUUCAGAACAGAUUUGUUUGACUCAAGCAUCAUUGCUCUUACAAUUAGCAUAUUUUCUUUCCAGUCUUUGAAAAUGCUUAAUUUGUAAAAGUAUAUUGGUUGUUGCAUUUACUAUAUGAGACUGAGGUUUUUGAUAGUAUUUUCAAAAAUACUAUUGGGAUAUUUUAUUAUUUUGUAGGUCUUUGAUAUAAUAAAACUGGUUUAUUGUUGAUUUUUAAAAUAUUCAUACUUAUCUGUUAGAUAGGCUGUUUUUCUUUUUAAAAGAUAGAAUUUUAAAUUUACAAGUACUUAUCAGUCUUCUUUGAUAAGCAGUACGAAUCGAAUUUCAAGUUAUUUUGUAAAGUUAUUAGAUUGUAAGCCAAAGGUUACUUACCAUAAUGUCAUGAUAUUUAAGCUCAUAACGUCUGGAAGUAGCAACUACUUGGCUCAAAUACAUCUAAGAAUAAUUAAUUUUAUUUCUCUCUUUUUUGUAAAAUCAGAUUUGAAAUAAGAUGUUCAUCUUGAACCUUUAUUUUAAGGAAACUAUAUGUGUUUGAGAAGGUAGAGUAAAAAGACUGUUAAACAUUAUUUCCUUAAAAAAAUUUAUUUUUACAUGAAAACAAAAUAUAUUUGGAGUGUACUUCCAUCAAAAAUUUCACUUCUAUAUCUGAGGUCUACUUAUUUCAAAGUAAAAAUUUUCACUUGUCAGCUGAAAUUUCUGAUUAGAACUAAUAUUUGUGUAUUUUUGUGCUUAGUCAGAAUGUAAAUUUCACAGUGGAUUUAAAUUUAUCCUUAAUUUGGAUAAAAGCAAGGGAUAUAUUUAAAAGUUAUUAUAGGGAUGAAAGUGGAAAUUUCUGUUUUUGGUUUUUUUUUAACUACUAAUGAGAUCACGUUUGUAGUUCUUUUUACAUGUGUUUAGCACAGGCUCUAAAUUAAAAAAUACAGUAUAGUCUGUGUUGACCUUAAAAAUAUUCCAUAAAUUAAUAAAUAUAUGGCAAGUUUUUCAUAGCUAAAUCUAACUCUUGUAGAAGGAAGCUGUGCCUUCUGUUUAAUUACAUUAAUUGAAAUGUGUUUAAGAGAAAUGUUUUCAGCAUAUUUUGUAUACUAAAAAACAAAAAGGAUUAGUAUUGGGCCAAUGGCCAAGAGGUAAUAUUACUACCAUGUAGACUGUUACAGUUCAAAUUGUCCCACUUCCCCCAGAGUUUUAGAAGCUAGAAGUCUGGGAGAUACUGUAUCAGCUGUAGUUGGGUGAUUCUAAGUGCUAUAAGUACUAUUCAUCUUUUAAUUGUGUGAGAUGGAACAAAUGCCAAGUUGCACAAGAUGCAUACUUUGAAUAUGUAAUGGUUUGUUUCAGGUGAAAAAUACCAGCAAGUCAUGUCUUGUGUAUUUUACUUAUAUUUCCUUGUAGAACUAAAUUAAGUAAGAUUUUGGAAAAUGAUUUGAAUUGAUUGCUGACUUGACCUGCCUGGUCAAAUAUCUGAAUGAUGGCAUUACUGGGUAGAUUCUAACCCAUGAUUCUAACUGUGGAAUAAAGAGUAGUAUAGACCGUAAAACUAUGUUCAGGCACUUACUCUUCGUUUAUAUUAUGUAUUACCCUCUAUCAUAACACACUUAUUGAAUUUCCAAGUUGAACAGUUCUGUAACUAUUGUUGCUAUUCAUGUAAUAAAACAUGCUUAUGAUAGUAAAAUGAAUAGAAGUGCCCCCAAAUGCUAUUUUUUUUAAUUCACUUGUAACUGUUACUCUUGUAAUUGUGUAUGACAAUAAAAUUUGUAAAAAUUUUAGCAUGAAAAAUAAAAUUUGUAUCUGUCAAGUA